CUUCAAAAACAAGAAGACAACAGCUUCAGGCAGAAGAAGAUUACUCGUUUUUUCCAUGAUCAGUGUGUAUCUCACGUCCAUAAUUUAUAUUCAAUCGUAAACCUAAAUGAAAAGCCGCCUCCUGUUGCGUAUAUAUAUUUCUCUCCAUCUCCAAAACAGAGCCUUUCUUCCUACCCCUUUGUUAAUGGCUAAGAUUUUCCCUCAGAAACCCAUAUUUUCUCCUUUCAUGACCUUCAAGAGAGAAACUUUUACUGUUUGGAUGAAAUCAUUAGUCUGCCAUACAAAUGGCUGCACUGUCUUUGAUUCUAAUGGUGAUAUCAUUUAUCGCGUCGAAAACUAUGAUACAAAGUGCAACGAUGAGGUUUAUCUCAUGGAUCUUCGAGGCAGAGUUCUUGUAACCAUAAGAAGAAAGAGAUUAUUACUGGUUUUUGGACGCUGGUAUGGGUAUAGAUGGAAUCCUGCCAACAUUGACAAGGAGAAACCGUGGUUUGAAAUAAAAAAGUAUUGCAGAAUUUGUGUUGGAGCUGCAGCCUGUCAAGUUACUGUAGGGUUGGACAAGUACUGGGUUGUGAAAUUGAGACAUAAAGCAGCUUUCAGGAUCGUAGACUUGGAUGGAGAUAUUGUUGCUGAGGUGAAGCAGAAGCAAUCACCGGCAGGAACCGCAUUAGGAGAUGAUGUGUUAACUUUGAUUGUGGAACCUCACAUUGAUCAUUCUCUUAUAAUGGCAAUCCUGACGGUUUAUGGAUUAAUCAAUUACAAAAUGUAGCAACAUUGUAUUCCCAUAGAUAUAAAGUGCUUCAUUUGUAUACUACUUUUCUGUUAACAAGAUUUUAUAGCCUUUCAAGCAAAACCCAGAAACAAAAAUUGCAUUUUGUGGAGAGAAGAUGAUGGCAGCUCAAAGAAGAAGACAGAUUAGUUGAGUCAGUAAUAGCAAAUGCAAGUAGCUAAGCUAGGUCAUAAAUAGAGAGAGAGAUGGGAGGAGCAAGAGGGGGCAGAGAAAGGGAAGGCGGGCGACAAGAUUGUGAAGAUAAUAUGGAGACAACAUGCACGUAGAGUUUAGCACAGUAAAUGAGCAAAUUAUGACAAGCAAUUGAUGUGAACGUGGACACCCUUUUGCUUCCUCUUCUGCAUACAGAGUUCAAUUUAUAGGUCUUUCAUCCACAGCUGUAUGCUGUUCUUCUAUCUAAACAUUAAUUGGGGACCUCAA